CGUCGUCCACGUCACCUGGCGGUGGGCUGGGCGGUAACACGGGACCGGGCGCUUUCCUCUCUCGGACGCCUCCCAACUGCUCGCCGCGGCGCCUGGCGGCCGCCGACGAGACUUCGUCGGGCGGCUGCGACUUGAGUCCCGGCUGGAGCCCGCUGGGUCCCCGUCAGCAGCACGCUGCCCACCGCAGUCGCUGCACCACCGAACGGCGGCGGCGGGAGUCCCUGGCGUGCAUGCCUCCGUCGGCGGCGCUGUCUGCCCACCACCACUAUCACCACGCCACUUCGCUGCUGCUGCACGGUGUGGGCAUCGCCGGAGGCGGGCAGCUCGGGCAGCUGCUCAGCUCGUCGUGCACGGCAUCCUUCUGCGCGGGAGCGCUGGCCACAGGGACGUCGGGGCAGUCGAAUUUGGUCCGUAUGCGAAGCUCGACCAUGGGACAGUCGGCCCCAAACCUUUCCCUCACUACAACGGAGCUCAAUGUCUCCAGACGAGGAAGUCGGUGCUCGUCGGCUCGCAAGAGCCUCAUCUGCAAUACUUCCCCAACCCUUCCCAGGUGUCAUUCUCCCAUUCCACAGAGUAGCCCUCUGGACAGUCCUCGAAACAUGUCCCCAAGUCAGCACUUCGCAUUCGCCCCCGUCAAAAAGGCGGACGGCCGGCGAUGGUCAGUCGCGUCACUGCCGUCAUCGGGCUAUGGGACCAACACACCCGGAAGCUCCAACGUAUCUUCCCAGUGCUCCAGCCAGGAGAAGCUGCACCUGCUGCCCUACCAGCCGACGCCGGACGAGCCGGCAGGCACUCCGGUCGGCCAUCCGCCGCACUACUUUCCAUCGCACCAGUACCACCAGCACCACCCGCACCCAUUCGCCCACCACAUCCACCAGGCGCACCAGUCGCGGCACUUCUCCAGCAACGAGAGCAACCCUGGUCUCGAGAACGACGGCCACCAGCAGCAGCACCAGGGCUCCCCCGGCGUGCACGUCACGCCCACCACGUCGUCGGGCUCCGCGUCGCCCAUCAUCAGGCCACGGUCGCGAAGCCUCAGUAGUCCCAUGCGGUCACCCGGCAUAGACAAUGAGAUUGUUCUUAUGAACAGUGUCUACAAGGAACGCUUUCCAAAGGCCACCCAGCAGAUGGAGGAGCGGCUCGAGCAGUUUGUGAGCCAAGAGGCGGAGCUCGACGCGCAGCACGCCUGCGACGCCGUCGCCCGCUUCGCUCACCACCAGAUCAUCGAACUGGCCCGGGACUGCCUGCAAAAGUCGCACGACAAACUUGUCACGUCGCAGUACUUCUACGAGAUGUACGAAAGCCUGGAGAAGCUCCUCGCUGAGUGUCAAGAGAAAUCACCAGAUGCUGCCCACCACCUGCGCAAGCUGGUGCGCAAGUUGUUGCUCAUUGUGUCCAGGCCUGCACGACUGCUGGAAUGUCUGGAAUUCGACCCCGAGGAGUUCUAUCGUCUGCUGGAGGCGGCUGAAGGCCAGGCCAAGGUGGUGCAAGGCAUCUCUACAGACAUCCCUCAGUACAUCAUCAACAAGCUGGGUCUGAACCGGGACCCCUUCGCAGAUCUGGCUGCAGAAGAGUCUGCCGACCAGCUUGAUUCGGUGCCCGAGGUUGAGGAAAAGAAGCCGCUGACAAAAACGCCCUGCGAGGACGACUUCGAAACUAUCAAGCUCAUAAGCAAUGGUGCCUACGGGGCCGUGUACCUGGUUCGUCACAAGGAGAGCCGUCAGCGCUUCGCCAUGAAGAAGAUCAACAAGCAGAACCUGGUGCUGCGCAAUCAGGUGGAGCAGGUGUUCGCAGAGCGCGACAUUCUCAGCUUCACCGACAACCCCUUCGUCGUCUCCAUGCUGUGCAGCUUCGAGACCAAGCGCCAUCUGUGCCUGGUGAUGGAGUAUGUGGAAGGGGGCGACGCAGCCACCUUGCUCAAGAACAUGGGCCCACUGCCUGUGGACAUUGCCCAGUUCUACUUUGCCGAGACAGUGCUCGCCGUUGAGUAUCUGCACAGCUACGGCAUCGUCCACCGUGAUCUCAAACCCGACAAUUUGCUCAUCACUAACAUGGGCCACAUCAAGCUGACUGACUUCGGUCUGUCCAAGGUUGGACUCAUGAACCUGGCCACCAACCUGUACGAGGGCUACCUCGACAAGGAGACCAAGCAGUUCAAUGACAAGCAGGUGUACGGUACGCCUGAGUACAUCGCCCCAGAGGUCAUUCUGCGCCAAGGAUACGGCAAGCCCGUGGAUUGGUGGUCAAUGGGAAUUAUUUUGUAUGAAUUUCUAGUCGGCUGUGUGCCCUUCUUCGGGGAGACCCCCGAGGAACUCUUUGCUCACGUCAUCAAUGACGAGAUUGAGUGGCCCGAGGACGAAGACUGGCCACUGCCUGAGGAUGCCAGGCACCUCGUGUCCCAGCUGCUGCAGCAAAACCCGCUCGACCGUCUAGGCACGGGGGGUGCACACGAAGUCAAGGAGCAUCCGUUCUUCAACGAUGUCGACUGGGACUCCCUUUUACGGCAGAAGGCCGAAUUUGUGCCUCAACUUGAGGACGAGGAGGACACCAGCUACUUUGAUACGCGGACGGACCGGUACCAGCAUGACGACUCGGAAGACCAUGACGAAGGCGAGGAGGUCACCUUCUCAUCGUUCUCGUCGUGCUCGCCGCGCUACCGGAAGGUCUACUCUCGCAUUGAGAAAGAGCUCGAGGAAGAGAACUUGCUCAGGCAUGUGUGUGAGGAAAGCCAUCGCCGCUCGCUCAGCCGCACGGAUUCAGCUCCAUCGGACUCCAGCGGAGAUUCCCUGCAGCUCCGCAUCCCGGCACCCGGACCAGGGGAUGCCUCCACACGGCGCCAGUCUGGCUCGUCGCCUGAGCUUCCACCGCCGGGCGGGCGCCCUCCACUGACGAGCACUCCUGAGUCAUCGCAGACGGAGUCGGAUGAGGUGUCCCCCCAGGUGCAGCGGAGAAGACGACCAGGCAUCGCCGACUUGCCUCGGUUCGCCCUCUCCGUUGACCAGGAGGACACGUCACGCCGAUCCCAGCAUCGCUUGUCAGCGCCCCUGCCACUGCCACUGCCCUCCCUUGGCACCGCGGCAUGCUCGUCCGCUUCUGUCACCGCACCGACCUCACCGGCAGUCGCCACCAGUGCGGCCGAGCCACGGGAGCUUUCUCCCGUCGCGGAAAAAACGGCGCGAACCAACAAGGGCCAACGCGCUGCCGAGCCCUUUAACCCCAGUGACACCAGCGGAGGGAGCACCAACAGUAGCGGUGCCAGCAUCGCCACCAGCAGCACCAUCGUGGCAACGGGAACCAAAUCAGCGGAGAAGGCAGCAGCCGGCGGCUCGCCACGAUCGUCACCCAAACUGGCGGCCACACCCCCCAUGCCGACGCCGUCGCCACCUUUCAAGCUGCGCUCGCGCUCGGUCAUCAAGUCUGCGUCUGCAUCGGGCCUUUCGCUCAUCAUCCCCUCCGAUGACCUCAGCGCAGCGGCUAGCGACCUGUCGAGUGGCAUGCACUCCGGGGUGCUCGGCUCGCCCGGCGGCUCAAGCACGAGCUCGCGUGACACAUCGCCAAGCCGGGAACUGAGUCCACUGGUGGCGCAGCUCAAGCCCCCCAUCAUCAUCCAGAGGGGUCCACGGGGUUUUGGAUUCACCAUUCGGGCCAUCCGGGUCUACUACGGAGACUCGGACGUCUACACCGUCCAGCAUCUUGUCAUGGCGGUGGAGAACAACAGCCCGGCAUUCGAGGCGGGACUGCGGCCCGGCGACCUCAUCACGCACAUCAACGGCGAGGCGGUGCAGGGUCUUCUGCAUCCGCAGGUCUUGCAGCUGAUCCUGGCCGGCGGCAGCCGCAUCAACAUCCGCACCACGCCCCUAGAGAGCACCUCCAUUCGCACGGGUGGUCGCAGGCGCAACCCCACAACCAGCCGGCUCGCCCGGCGAAACACGCGUCAACGACGCGUCUCCCAGGGACCUGCAUCCACACUGGUUAGCAAGCUCCAGGGUUCACCGCCCGCCAUCGGCUCGAAGCCGGUUGACAAAAAACGCCGCGCGUCGCUUCUCCGCCGAUUGAGCAAUAAGCGUGCCAGUGCGGAGAUCCAGCAGCUGGUGAGUGGGGGCGUGGCAACUCCAACUGGACUGGCUCCGAGCCGAAGCUUUCAGUCCCUCGCCGACCCUGGCAGCGCAUCGCCGCCGUCACGGAGCAGCGGCAUUGUAGUCAACUUCAGUAAAGAAAGGUCAUCGUCAGACUCGUCGCACUCGACGAGCAAUUCCUCGCCAAGCAGCUCGCCCAGUUCGAGCGUGCCAAACUCUCCUGCCGGAAGUGGAGCAAUACCACCCGGGGUCGCAAGCGGAUCGGUGGCGACUGCAGUCGUGUCUGUUCAGGCGCACUUCCAGCGGCCUAGCUCGCUGCAUGGGCUCAAGCACAAGUUGGCCCAGACCUUCCGGUCGCCGCGUCGGAAGUCUGUCGGUCACAUUCCACUCUCACCACUGGCUCGCACCCCGUCUCCUUCGCCACUGCCGGUGAUCAGUCCAACUCGGUCACCGUCCCCACUAGCCUUCCCACCAGGACAGGCUCCUCCGGCUCACCACCCCCAUCAUCCGCAUCAUCACCACACACAUCACCCGGCGUCCGUAGUGGCGGCCCAGUCGCCUCAGGUAUUCACGGCAGGCCGGAAAGCAUCGCCUCCGACACUCGUGCCCGCAGCGGCCACCGUAACCUCGUCGGCACGGAAGUCGCUGAUGAGGCCCAAGAGUGCAGAGCCCGGCUCCCCCUUGUUGAGGCGAGCCCUCUCGCCAGACCGCCUCCAUCCAAAGUCGGCGGAAUCCAAACCACGACGAGAAUCUUUCUGCACGCAUGCGUCACCACUGGCCCUGACAUCGACACCGUCCACGUCACAAGGGUCACCUCCACGAGUGGUGUCUACUAAAACAGGCAGCUUUCUGUCACGAAGCACACUCACACUGUCGCCAGCUGGAGGCACCCGAAUUCCAAAGUCAGCGAGUACGCUGGCACCCGGCGAGGAAGGCGGUGAGGAGAAACCGCAGGGUGGACGAGCUCGCAGUCACUCGCAGAGCGAAGUUGAGAGCCUCGUUGACGGCGAUGAAGAUGUGGCUGCAGCCACCGCUGAUCCGAGGCCCCCCUCGCCACUGCAGCGUUCUCCAAAAGAGCAGGACCUGGCCACCAGCCACGUCGAGCUUCCUUCCGAUGUCCCGUCCUUUACAGUGACACCCAGCACUCCCCUUCCGACUGCAGACAGUGAAGACGGUUCUUCCGGUGGUGAAGUGUGUAGUGACGUGCAGUGCAACAGUGGUGUUGCUACGACGAUUACGGUCACUGCCUCUACGAGUGUGGCCACAGCACCAGUGCCCUCUACGUCAGUUACAGCUGCAACUGCGAAAAGAACUGUUUUAGCUACAAGUGUGUCUAAUGCUGUGACAGCCACAUGCGUGACUCCACCACCUUCACAGACAUCUGCUACGCCGUCUGCAGCUGCGAUUGUGAAACGGCCUCAAUCGACAGCAGCAGCACAACCCAAAGGCAGUUCUACUUCAUCAUCACCGCAACCGGCUUCUUCAACUGGUGCUAGCAAAUCCCAGCCUUCACAACCGCACUCAGCAGAGACUGGAACGAAACAGGUGCAGGUGGUGGAGAUGAAAAGGGCGCCCUCGAAACAGCCGGCGAGCACUGAUCAGAGGGCAUCUGGUGCAGUGCCACAGAACAAGUCAAAAAGUGCACCAGAACAACCUGCGCACACGACGAAGCAGGCCAAGUCAUAGCGGCGCUUGCAGAAAGGGUGAUGCGGUUUGCUGCUCGUAACGUUCUCCAAGUGGCCCUGCGCUCUUGAGAGUAGUAGCACGAGGCAUGUCCGCAGUAUUUAUUAUUGUAUUGAGGUGUCACGCUAUCCCAGAUCUCUCUCCUACUCCUAGCUCCUUAGUGGCCUGAACAGGCUUGCAGUGUUGCCCCUCGCCUUCCUCCUCAUGUUCCUUCUCUCUCUUUUCUUUUAUCUCCCCAAGGAGACAAAAACUUUUUGUGGGGCCCGCAUCAUAGAUGCAACCAGUCAGUCAAGUCAGUGACCAGGCCAUUCACAUGUGUAAAGUGUGCAACCGUUGAUAUGCCUAGCCCUUCUUCCUCCUAGCUUUUAGACUGUUUCACUUUUUUGUUUGUUCGUUUUUCUUUUUCUUCUUUUGUUCAUAUGAUGAAGAGUGAGAGAUGUUUCUUGCAACCUGUUGAGUCUGCGGUUUUUGCGUUGCGCGCGUUCUACACUUGUUGACGGUUGUUACGUUUUGCCAUAGGUGCACCCGGCGCGAUUAUCCAGUGCGCGACCCGCCGGUGCCGCUGUAUUUACGAUAUUACUCUUGUCCAGCUGGGCUUUAUUACCUUUUUCUCUAGUUGUGAAGUAGCUGUUGGCAUCCUUUUGCUGCUAUCCUGGUACGACUCCAUUGCAUGGAAAAUGCAGUCAGUUCUCAAGGGAAAUGGGGCCAGGUUUUAAACUAAGUUGCCAUGCAGCUAUUCAACUGUAAGACCAGUAGAAUUGCAGCACCGGUUCUUGUAGCACUGGUUCUGGCAACACUGGAAUUAUAUCAUUGGUGCGAGAUUAGCAGCCACAAACACUAUUGUUUCAAAAUUGUUCUCUAUUCGAGUUAUCAAGAAACUCGCUGCUGAUGCUUGAAAAACAAUGAGCAUGCACUCGUUUCAAUGUUUAAUUGCCGAGGAAAGCAGCUGAACAUAAGAACGUGAUUUCCCGCAGCAGUACAAUAUCGACACGCGGAAAUUUGACAAACCCCACCUCCAUGCAGCGGAGUGCGACAGGAAAGCCGUUCUUCUUGGGUGUGUUCUCUUUGCUGUGCAUUGUACGUGCCGAGUGCGUGAGUAUAUAUAUUCUCCUCGCUUCGUUUUUCUGUGGAUUACCACCUGGCCAACUUCGUGUGAACCCCUUUAUUUCCGGCAGCGUGCAAUCACACCGUGAUCAUUCUCCUGUCCUCUCUUAUGUGUCGCCUAAAAGCGAGAUCACAUUGUUGUCCAGAGGCUGUCCCAUGCUCUCUCCCUAAUGUAUUGCAGUUUACAUUGUUGCAACAGCCACCACUUUGUUUUUAUUACCCCCAACAUUGCAGGUUCCUUUGAUAUCUUCAUUUCUUUUGUCAUCCAUGCCCCAAUAUCAGACCAAUAAUUGGAAAGUGCUAAGGCCAAGUUCAUUGGGUGUUAUAACAAUGGUAUCUAAUAAACACCAGAAGUGCAAAUCAACUCUAUUAAGACUUAGGCACUUUCAUGCAUUGGUUUGCUAUGGGUUUUUGGGCAGAGGCAAGCGUGUGAUUAUGUACAGCAUUUUUGAUAUCACUGGAACUCUUGUCAUGUACUCGUGCAAGUACUUCUCAUUGCUAGAAAUCCAUGUGCCAGCCCAAGCCAUAGCCAAUCGUUCAAUGUUAUCCGCAACCGCUGAUGCAAAUUCUCAUACUAAAUAGCCCGUCGUAAUCCGUAGUUGUCUAUUGCGAGAAAAACUUUCGCAUGCAAAUGUCAUUGUAAAGCUAGGAUCUUUCAAGCAAGAACACAUAGUAAACUUUCACUGAACAAACAGUGAAGGCUUAUAUUUGGCAUUCUACACAUCACAAACGAAGGGCACUAAUGAGUUUGUGUGCUACUAACCUCAUGUACUCAAAAGGCACAAGAAUCCACACCAAAUGGUUGGCAUUCUAGCUGUACAAAUAGCCUGCUUGCGAGAAUUCGCUUGUCCAUCUUACGAGCUGUUUCAGUGAUUAAUAAUCAAAUGUCUUAGCAUACUAUUAUCAUCCGCUUCCAACUAGCAUCGUCAAUUUCAUUACUUCGGCGCACAACAUUCGCUUAUAUCCUCCGUUUCGUUUCAGCGCUAAGUCAGUAGAAUCGCGAUCAUGGGUACUUCUCGAGGGACUGGUGCUUUAUAAUACACCGCACCGACAUAUCAAUCGUCAGCAUUGUUUUUGGCGACACUGCUCCUUUCCGGCCACCACGUUUUUUUUUUUUUUUUUUUCAGCAGCGUUGCUGUAAGUUUAUGAUAAGCUCGCAAGCAUGCCGCACCAAGGCGGGGCAGUCUCGUGAUGACUGUAGCGUGCCAGCAUCACGCGGUUGCUGCAGAGUGUGGCACAGAAACUGCCGUGGGUGUUUGUUUCCGUGAUUUUGUUUGUUCUCGGCCUGCCACCUUAGCCUCUGGAGGUGACAGCAGGCAUUGCCGGGGGGACUGCGCCGGCAUUGUUCGUGCCAUAUGAUGCGUGACGAGAGCCGAUCCUGUCUCGAUGUCAUGUGGUCUUUUGUAACAUAUUUCUUUUUUUCUUGUCACCCCACGCACCUGUUUGAGUUUCAACUGCAUGGGUGGUUGACAUUUCUAGCCCUUUCUGUUCGCUCUGCCUCUAACGCUUCCUUGUUUCUGUGCUGUCUCUGCAUUCAAGGCAUGGAUGUAAGCAGGCUAAACUAGAGUUAUGUGUCACCAUACCGUUUCCCCUUUAAUUCUCGUCCUUCCUCAAAUCAAUCGUCUUUGGCGAUGUACCUUUCUUUCUGAUAUAUGAAUAAAAAGAAAUCUUGUCGUCUCUUUCCCUUUUACACAAA